ACAGCUGUUUCACCGGUGAAGUACAGAGCCGAUCCAGGCAACCAGUUCGUUACAGCUUCGUGGGGACACGGAGGCUAGACAGCUAGAGAUGAGGAUUUCCCCCCUCUCUCCCUCUCCCGAUUCUCCGCCGCCACAACUCGUAAUCUGUAGCAAUUCACCAUCGGCGACCUCACAGCCGGCGACGGAGCACACCUAGCCAGCCAGGCCUCCUCCCACCGAAGCCUUCCCUCCUCGAGAGGCGUCGCCGCCCUGCUCGACCCUGCCCGCUGCUGGCAGGACUGGUGCUGCAGCGGAGGUACCUGGAUCGACCUCUUCUUUUCUUGCUAAGGCUCUUCUUCUUCAGCCCGCGAGCUGCAUCCAGGGUGCAGUUUAUUUUCCGAGAAUUUGGGGGUUCAAUUGAACCCCCAUGUCCCACGUCGACUCCGCCCCUGCCUCCCAGUGGCCGCCGCCGCCGCCGCAGGACGCAUGGAUCGCCAAGUUCCAGCGCCUCCUCCCACAGUGGGAGUCACUGCGCGAUUCCUCCAAGGUCAUUAUCCCAAUUUCGAUAUCUAGGGUCAACCAGUUCGAUGCUGCAAGGCUAGAUGUUGAGAUGUCCGCCAUGUUGAAAGAGCAGUUAGUCAAAGUGUUCUCUUUGAUGAAGCCAGGACUCUUAUUCCAAUAUGAGCCUGAACUCGAUGCUUUCCUCGAGUUCCUCAUCUGGAGGUUCUCGAUUUGGGUUGACAAGCCGACCCCAGGCAAUGCACUGAUGAACCUGAGGUAUAGAGAUGAACGGGCAGCACCCAUCACAGGAAAAGAAGUAAGAACAGGUUUGGAAGGACCUGGGCUUUCAGUUUCUCAAAAGAUUUUUUAUUGUAUAAGCUUUGUUGGUGGCCAAUAUAUAUGGUCACGCUUGCAGUCUUUUUCAGCGUUCCGUCGAUGGGGCGAUUCUGAACAGAGACCACUAGCACGCCGUGCUUGGGGCUUAGUGCAGAAUGCCGAAGGAUUAUACAGAGCUGCUUCAUUCUUUAACCUAUUAUUGUUUCUUUAUGGUGGAAGGUACAAAACUAUUGUGGAAAGGAUUCUGAAAGCCAGACUUGUUUAUGGGAGCCCCAACAUGAAUAGGGCAGUAAGCUUUGAGUACAUGAAUCGGCAGCUGGUUUGGAAUGAGUUUUCGGAAAUGUUGCUUUUGCUUCUUCCCCUCUUAAACUCAUCCUCAGUAAAGAAGUUCCUUCUGCCUUUCUCCAAAGAUAAGUCGGCAAAUUCUUCUGGUGAUGAAGCAAAUUGUCCUAUAUGUGGCUCCAGUCCUAGCAUUCCUUUUGUAGCUCUCCCAUGUCAACACAGGUAUUGCUAUUAUUGCUUACGUACACGUUGUUCUGCUACAAGUUCUUACAGAUGUGCACGAUGCAAUGAGGUAGUUGUUGCGAUUCAAAGACAAGGAUCAAGUUAGUUAACUAGUUGAGUUCAAGAAUUCUUGCCCAUGUACACACAGACAAGUAGCCUUUCGGUCUCCAUAAUUAGAGAUUUGGACGCCGCGAAGAGGAUGUACAUCAUGACUUGUACAUGUAAUUGCCCCCAAGUAUGGACAUUUUUUUAUGCCAUGAAUUGGUGAUUGUAUAUUGAGAUAUCAUGUUUAGUCAUAUUUUAUGGAAGAAACUGUUAAACAUUCUAGCUAUUA